UUCAAUCUUCAAUAGAGAAUUUGAUUCACAACUUCACCGGCGAUUUUGCCUUUUCCGGCGAUUCUCCAUUGUGCACAUUCCCGAAAAAGAUGUGGCGUAGAUCAGCUUCUUUCAUUCUCGACAAAAACCAAAACGACGUCUCUGGAAGUCACCAUCUUUCUCCUCUUUCAGUCGCCGAUUCAUCAUCUAUGGCUGAAACCCUACUACAACAGGAGCAGCAGCAGCAACAGCAACAGCAACAGCAACAACAACUUAACCCUAAUCCUGACAUUUCAGCGUACUAUCAAACUAGAGCGGCUCAUCAUGGAGUUGUUACAAGUGACUGGCUUUCUCAGGCUCAAGCUGCCGUAGACCAACCAUCUGAAGACGUUGUAUCCUCGAAUGUUUCUUCUAAGUCUGGAGAUUUGAGUGGGAAAUUUAAUGUGAUUGAUGAGUUUAAUAAUUGGCGUAAACAACCUGAUUUGGCUGAGGCUGUUGCUGCUAUUAGGGCUUUGGCUUCAGUUAUAAGGUCUAGUGAAGCUACUACUAUGAUGGAACUUGAAAUUGAACUCAAAAAAGCUUCUGAUUCUCUCAAGUCAUGGGAUAAAACCUCCAUCUCUUUGACAGCUGGUUGUGAUUUGUUCAUGCGCUAUGUAACAAGAACUUCAGCAUUGGAAUAUGAGGACUUUAAUUCAGCCAAGUCUCGCUUUCUUGAACGUGCGGAGAAGUUUGGGGAAAUAUCUUAUAAGGCUCGGAAGAUAAUUGCAAUGCUCAGCCAAGAAUUUAUUUUUGAUGGUUGCACCAUUUUAGUACAUGGCUUCUCCAGAGUUGUGUUUGAGGUUCUGAAAACAGCUGCUCAGAAUAGGAAGAAUUUUCGAGUUCUUUGCACUGAAGGGAGGCCAGACAGGAGUGGGUUACGAUUGUCUAAUGAGCUAGCGAAGCUUGAUGUUCCUGUAAAACUCUUAAUAGAUUCUGCUGUGGCAUACAACAUGGAUGAAAUUGACAUGGUUUUUGUUGGGGCAGACGGUGUGGUUGAAAGCGGAGGCGUUAUCAACAUGAUGGGAACCUACCAAAUUGCUUUGGUAGCGAAGAGCAUGAAUAAACCAGUCUAUGUAGCUGCUGAAAGCUACAAGUUUGCUCGUCUCUAUCCACUGGACCAAAAAGAUAUGUUUCCAGCUUUACGUCCAAUUGAUUUUGGGGUGCCAAUUCCGUCCAAGGUGGAGGUUGAAACAUCUGCUCGCGAUUAUACACCACCCCAGUAUCUUACACUGCUAUUCACAGAUUUGGGCGUUCUAACACCAUCUGUAGUAAGUGAUGAGCUUAUACAGCUAUAUUUAUAGCCCCAAUGAAGUUUGAUUCUGUUGUAGGUAUUCCAAAUAUUACCUGUAGGAGGAAAUUUUUUAUUUUCUGUGUUCUCCCAUUUCUUCUAUGACAUGGAAGAAUAUAUUACUUUUUUAAGUUUGCUUAUCCUUUUGGGUAUGAAUUGAAAAACGAACCAUUAGACUAUUCAGAGUAAAUUCA